AUGACCAGACAGGUGGAUAAUAUUCCGUUUCAACGUUUUUGUAAUGGUAUCAACCAAUCCAUUUACAACGAUAAUUCUGGACAAUAUUAUAAUGAUGAGUUCGAAUGUGAAGAGUGGUUAUGUGACAAUAUGUAUGCACGUUGCGACGGCUUUUGGGCAUGUGCCGAUGGACGCGAUGAGAACAAUUGUAGUCAAACAAAAUGUCGUUCGGGAACUCACGCCUGUGUAGAUCGUCUCAAUUUUACAGUAAUCUGUUUACCUCACAAACGUGUUAAUGAUGGAGAAGAUAACUGUCUCGGAGCAUCCGACGAACAACACGAAUGUCAAAGGAUCUAUCCUCCGAGCGAAGUUCCUAAACGCUUUCGCUGCUUGAAAGAUACAAUGUGUUUGGUACCAUCAGAAUUAUGCAACAACAAUAAUGAUUGUCCACUUCAUGAUGAUGAAAAAUUCUGCAAAACUCAUCAGUUCAACUGUACCAACGAUUCAACAUACAAUCGCAGUGAAAUAGAAGAAGUUCUUUGCGGGCUGAGUGAACAGAAAAAUCGAAGAAGACAGUAUUUUUCUCUUCAUACAUCAUCUAACUAUCCUUCGUUAGGAAAUACCGUCGUCGAUGAAAGUUUGUAUUGGUCAACAGAACGACAUUCUAUCGAGAAUAUCAAUAUAGAUCUCAGUGAAGAUAACCUAUGGCCAUGGUAUUGCAAUCGCGGACUCGCUGUUGAUACUUGGGUCACAAAUAAUAACUUUGAGAAGAUGUGCAUGUGUCCACCAAGUUACUAUGGCCAUUUAUGUCAAUAUCAAAAUCAACGUAUUAGCCUAACAUUACAUCUGAGUUCAGUUGAUCGACAUGCUACUUAUGCGAUUAUUAUUAUGUUAAUCGAUGAUAAUGAUGAACGACAAGAGAUUCAUGCAUACGAUCAAUUCGUAUACAUAACAAAGGAAAGUUGCAGUACUAAAUUCGAUCGAUAUUUAUUAUUCCCUACACGGCCAAAAGACUUGUCCAAGAACUACAGCAUACGUAUUGAUGCAUUCGAAAAAAACAGCAUAACGUAUGUUGGAAGUUGGCACUUUCCCAUUACAUUUCUUUUUUUACCUGUCAAUCGAUUAGCUAUUUCGUUGAUUUUAUCAAAUCAUAUUAUUCCGAUCUCAUCCAAUUGCUUCAUUACUUGCAACAAUGGUACUUGUGUAAAGUACUUAAAUAAAGAAAAAUAUAUCUGUCGAUGCCACUCUCAAUGGACAGGCAUACAAUGUAAUAUCCCAAUAAAUCGUCAAAUGUGUUCACAAGAUUCAUUUUAUUUGGGAUUAGUAAAUAAUGAAUCAAUAUGCGUAUGUCCAUUACAUAAGUUUGGCUCACAAUGUAUGUUCACAUCAGCAUAUCCAACUAAUAUUUGUCAAAAUAAUGGUCAAUAUAUACCGGCUGAUGUGACUACUCCUGACAGCAGUUAUACUUGUGUUUGUCCUGAUCAAUUUUUUGGUAUAAACUGUCAAUAUGCUAAGGUGAAACUCGAUGUUUCUCUAAUUGAUAUGCAUAUUCCAUCGUAUAUUGCGGCUUACUUCUUCACACUCUCCAACAAGUCUGAUCCGAUGCAGGCAAUUAUACUUCGAAAAUUGACCCUUUUUCAAGAUACUGCUACCUUUCACAUUUCAGUACCAUUUCAUAUGGCAAUUAUACAAUCGAGUAACAAAUAUUAUCUUGCUGUACUUCAACAAUCUCUGCAUACGAAUAUCACAACAUCAAUUCGUCCUUCACAGGAGUGUAUUCCUGCUGAACUGUUAUUGAAUUCUACAGUGAUGAAAAUGGUUCCGUAUCGACGAAUAAUAUUCUUCCAUAUUCUUUGUCAUACACAUACUAAUCUUAUGUGUUUCAUCGAUCCCGCCUAUUUAUGUUUGUGUACCAAUGAUCAUCAUGCUAAUUGUAUGGAAUUCAAACGUGAUAGAAAUUUUCAAUGUUCAUUGAUGAAACAUUGUGCAAAUGGAGCACAAUGUGUGCAGGAUCAUCCAAUCUGUCCAUCUACAAGAAUUUGUAUAUGUCCAGCUUGUUUCUUGGGCGAUGAAUGCCAAUUUUAUGCAAAAGCUCUUGGCUCAACAUUAGAUGAAAUAUUGGGUUAUGAAUUAAAACGCAACACAAUAUUAUCUAAACAACCAAUCACAGUGAUAGUGAGUGCUACUAUUACAAUGAUAAUAUUUGCCGUAGGAUUCAUUAACUGUAUUUUAUCAAUAAUCGUUUUUGCAAGACAAACAUCGCAAAAAGUUGGCUGUGGCAUUUAUCUUCUCACUGCGUCAAUCACUUCAUUAGCAAUUAUGAUAUUAUUCACAUUGAAAUUUUGGUUGCUUUUCCUCUCUUUUCAAUCGAUUUUAGAACAACGUGGUUUACAAAAUAUUCUUCUUUUAAA